GCGGCAAUGCACAGGCCGUUCAUAAAUGGAUAUUCUUCUAUGCAAGAAGUAAGUCCUGGUCAAGGUCGUGUCAAUCAAUUGGGUGGUGUUUUUAUCAAUGGUCGCCCUUUGCCCAAUAGCACCCGAUUAAAAAUUGUCGAAAUGGCAGCUGCCGGCACAAGACCCUGUGUCAUUUCGCGACAAUUGCGUGUCUCGCAUGGUUGCGUAUCUAAAAUUUUGAAUCGUUAUCAGGAAACUGGUUCUAUACGUCCAGGCGUAAUUGGUGGCUCAAAGCCACGUACUUUUACUCCUGAAGUUGAAAGUCGUAUUGACGAUUAUAAGCGAGCUAAUGCUGGCAUGUUCUCGUAUGAAAUUCGAGAAAAAUUGAUAAAGGACGGUGUUUGCGAUCGUACUACGGCGCCUUCUAUAUCUGCUAUAUCCCGUUUAAUACGGAGUCGUGAUGUACCGCAGAUGGAACGUGAUGAGUCGCAAAAAAUAUCUGGCUCAGAAGCGACGAAUUCCCACGAAGAUAUAUCCGAUUGUGAAAGUGAACCCGGGAUUGCUUUGAAACGUAAGCAACGUCGCAGUCGAACAACUUUCUCAGCUAUGCAGCUUGAAGAGCUGGAGAGAGCUUUCGAGCUUACACAAUAUCCAGAUAUUUUCACUCGUGAGGAACUGGCUCAACGCACAAAUUUAUCCGAGGCGCGAAUUCAAGUCUGGUUCAGUAAUCGUCGUGCUCGCCUACGCAAGCAAACUACUUCGUCAGGAACUGGUACUAAUUUAAAUCAAAUUUCGGUGAUACCAUCGGCAAGUUCUUCGUAUUCGGGUGUAUCCCAUCAAAUGCCUUAUGCCACUAUGAUACCAAAUGACGCAUCCGCCGCUGCAGCCGCCUAUUAUGAUUAUUACAACAACACUACUGCCGCAACCAAUCUAUCACCCAACACUACCAAUUCCAGUGUAACAUCAAUUACACCACCUCAUCAUCACCAAUUUUGUAGUGUCAACAAUGCCACGCAAUGCAUUAUAACAGCACCAAAUAUGAAUACAAUGACGGGGAAUCUUUCUUCGUAUAUGGUUGAAGCGGAUGCAAAUCAAACGAUAAUAAAAAAUGGCAGUCCUCCCAGUGAGGCGAACCUAACAACAACUUAUGGUACAUCAGGAGCACAAUUGCCGCCAACUCCGAACAGCUUAACAACUACGGCAGCUCCAUGUUCAAACUCUGGUCACGGUCACAGCACUGAAGAUGCUUACGGUGCGACGAUACUUAAAACGGAAAGUCCACCUCAUAUACAACAGCAAGGCAUUUAUCCCAAUUGGACAAAUACGCUGCCGCCAUCGUCAGCUUUAGUAACGACUAGGCCCCCAGCACCCCUUUCACCAGAGAGUUCGUUAAACUCCAAUAACUUAGAUGUUGUCCCGCUUACCUCCCUGGCAGGUCCCACAGCAUCUACAUGCUCCCAAAAUCAUAAUUUAUAUCAUCAUUCUCCAGCUCAAUAUGCGAAUUAUGCUAUCGGGGCUCACUAUCAUCACCAUUCCCAAUAUGGUUCUCAAUAUUCAUCAACCGCCUCGCAACAAUUACAGUUUCAUCAUAGUGGUGGUAUUGCAUCGCCUGCUGCCUCAGCACAUUUUAUGCAACAAAAUUUUACAAGUUUCGGUUCACCUUCCAAAGUUAAUUAUGCGGGCGUCCCUCCUACAUUUUCCUCACCGUGGUAUUAAAAAGUUUUGUUGAUCUGAGGUUGAAGAUUUAAUGUGCAAAACGGGCUUUUUCUUUUCUUAUGUAUAGUCUUCUAUUUGCUUUGGCUUUUUAUUUAAUUCCUCCAUUGUAGAACAUUAUGAAAGUUAGCCAAAGACAUCCCUUACGAAUUUUCAAUCUCUAAUCAUUUGUAUUCCAUCUUGAUUCCAUGUGAACUUCGGAAAUUAUGCAUGAGUAGCCGCGUAGGUAAGGAUCGUGAAUACCAAUCCAGUGUUCGCCGGUUCAAAUUUCAGUGCGGAAGCGUCUACUUUCACUCGUGGCUGUAGCGAGUGAAAGCAGAACAUUUGUCGAUUGGGCCCACAUCCACCAGACUGCGGCCACCGCCUCCCUCUUUCUUUCUCUUUCCUCUUCUUCGAAAAAAGGACAUCCCCAAAGUGUUUGGUC